AGACUGCUUCUAGAAAAUAAAUACACGGGAGGAUGGCUGGCCGACCAAUGUAUCCAUUUGCAAGCAAUCCGAAUCAAAAUCAAGGAGUAUUACCACCUGGAUGGGAAAUGAUUUUCGAUCAUAGAACCGGUUGGCCAUACUUUGUUGACCAUAAUACACACACGACGACGUGGGAAGACCCUAGAAUGAACCCAGCAUACAAGAAUAACUUUACACAACAAAGUUUUGGAGAAAUGCCCCAUCAACAAAGAAUGAAAGAAAUUCCAGUUCAGCAUGAGUUUUCAAGACCACCACAGCAGUCACAGUUUCCAAGUGUUUCAACACCACCUAGAACAGGAACACCUCCAAGAAUAGGAACACCACCCAGAAGUCAAACGGAUAGCCCUCCAAGAUUUUUUACAUUACCAAGAAAUCACAGAGAGAGGGUCCAAGCUGAGACUGUUCGUGAAAUUCCUAUACAACACUUUUCGUCAACAGCUCCGCAGUCAAGCAGACCGGAGAUGAUGCAUCCUAGACCGGACUACCCAGGAGCACCCAUGCAAAGUCAGCCCCAGCAAACUAUGCCUCCCCAGGCACAAAAUUACACUAGUCACGCAACAGCGCAAGGUCAUCAGGGAUACCAACACCCUCUUACUCAGUCAAAUAGUCAGCCGCCACCUAUGUCACAAGGAUAUCCUCACCAGCAACCAAAUGUACCAGGACAGCCUUCUAUGGUGAAUCAGACCCAGUCUCAAAUACCCCAAAUGAUACCGUCUCAAGGAGCGGUGCAAUCUCAACAGCCAGUUUCGCAGUUUCAAAACUUGCAGCAACAGCAGCAGCAACAACCACAGUGUCCUCCACCUGAACAGAAAGAAGAGGUUGUGUAUAAUAUACCAAUCGUUCAUGAACACCAAAAAGUUACACAACCUCCACCAAAUACGUCAUACCAAACGUGGCCAAGGCAGCCAAAACCACCACAAGAAAGUUCAAUUCCUAGUCAGCAAGCAAAUGCACGUUUUGCGCAGAAACCUGCUGCUGGUCAACAAAUGGAACAAAAUGUGAAACAGACUGGUCAAGAUCAAAUGGACAGUGUUCCUUCUGGACAAGCAAAGACUGUUCAGAAAGAUGAGAGUAGAAGUCGGUCUAAUACUCCAACAAGAGAACAGAAAAAGGUGAGGACUCCUUUAGAUAAUAUAAAUGACAUACUGACUGAAUGUCAGCAGUACAAAGAUAGGGUUAAUAACUUCAGAGGUUCUAAAAAAGAAAGAGAAUAUAAACUUUUAGAAGAAAUGUUAACUAGAAGUUUGUUGAAACUUGACGGUAUAGAAUCUGGACAAGAUGACACUAUCCGCCAGGCAAGGAAAGGAGCAGUGCAUGAAAUCCAGUCUUAUUUGGAUCAGCUCGAACUCAAAGCAUUCAGUGAAGAAAUGUCAAUGCCUGAUGAAACUGUGGGUGAUAGAUCUGACAGUACAAAUAGUGGACCAGAAAAAAUGGAGGAAGAUAGUCAAAAUGACGGAAAGCAAAAAGACAAUCGUAAAGUGAAGGAAAUGAUACUAGAUAGUGAAGUUUCUUGUUGAUUUUUAGUUAAAACUAGUUGAAAUAGUUUGUGACACAUACUGCUAAUUCUAAAACAAAGAUGGCAAAUUUACUAAAACCAGUUGAAAUAGUUUGUGACACAUACUGCUAAUACUAAAACAAAGAUGGCAAAUUCACUACCAUGUAUGUUGUGGUGGGGGUUCAGAUAUUACUUCCAGAUUGAUACUGCUUUCAUUCUGACAAUAUUUUCAGCUUGACUAAAGAAUAAGUAAGAGCUAUUGCACUUGCCCAUUUGUUGGCAUGGACGUCCAGAUUUGUAAAACUUUUUGUUUGUAAGCUGGGUUCAGUGCCCACUAACUGCAAUGGAUUGAAACUUCACACACAUGCUCACUGUGAUGAUCCAACGGAGUGCACAUGUUCCAUAAGAAGAUGAUAACACUAUCUUACAUAUUUACAAAUUAUGCCCAUUUUUCUAAUUCUGGUUAAGACUGUAUGUAAGCUGGUAUCCCAGUACCCACUAAUGGGAAUGGAUUGAAACUUCAAAAAAUUGUCCAGUGUGAUGAUGUGACACGCAUUGAUGACAUUCCUCAACUCUUUGUUUGCAUGUUUACAAAAUUAUGCCCCUUUUUCAGCUGAACAAUUUUUCGUUAAGGUUUUGUAUGUUAGCUGGUAAUUUCAAUACCCACUGAUUGGAAUGGAUUGAAACUUCACACAUCUCCAUGAUGAUGGAUUGACCUGCAUUGUACAGGUUCCAUAACUCUAUUUUAUAUUAAUAAAAAGUUACGCCCCCUUUUUUAACUAAAGCGUUCAUUCAAUUAAUUUAACUUUCAUAGUGACAAGUCUUAUGAAUAGUCAAGUGUUGCUGACUUCUGACUGCUCUUGUUAUACAUGAUACUUGAUUUUAAUAAAUUACUUAUUAAAUAUUGCCAUAACAUUGUCAGAUUACAUUACUUCCAUACUAUAGCUUAGGUUGUGUGUCUGUGUAUACAAAAAUGGUUGUGAUUAUAUGAUAAUAAGAUUGUGACAUUUCAAGUCUGUCAAAAAUUAUUUGUUAUAUCCAGACUGGAUAUGGACUUGUUUUACGAAUCUAGUUUGACCAUAUAGGCCUUUAGAUAAAAGGUAGCUAAAAACUGCAAUAGCUAUUGUGACAGUUAACUGCAGCAUUUAAACCUGCAUUGGUGUUUUUUUAGAUCAAUGGUAGUGAGUUUCAAGCUUAUUUGAACCACUCUUUAGUCCAUUUCCUGGAAAAAGAAGUACUCGUUUGAUAGGAGAAGGUGUGAUUGAGACAUGAAUGUGGCUGGAACCCAAGAACCCCGGGCUGAGUGCUAACAAAUUAACCACUAGACCACCGCUCCCUUAUACUUAGUUAAAUGAAGUAGAUGUUUAAUUGAUAUCAUAAGCUUUGGUAGUCAUUUUGAGAAAAUUGUUGAUUUUGUUAUAGUGCAAUCUACUUUUUUUUUUUAGUUUAAAUGCAGUGCUAAUAGGGAUAAACGAAAAUUAUAAGAUAUAUUGUUUUAAUGUGUAUUUGUUAAUGUAUAUAGCAAAGAUAUUUAUUAAAUUUGCAAUUUUUGCCUAA